CUCAUCUUCAAUUUACUUUCUAUUUUGAACAUGAGGAAAAUUUAUCAACUCCUUACUCUAAAGAGAUCUAAAGGUCUCGUUUCCAGCACGAGGCGGGCUCAUCAAGCCAGCCUCGCUGAAUCGCAGAACCUUUGUCGUGAUUUUCAACCACUAUUACCAUCACCACCUUCAACCUUUUCAAAUAUAUCAACAAACACAUUCAAUAGAAAUCCUAUUUUUUCACACCAUUUCCUUGAAUCAACCCGCAAUAUCGCUCGUAGACAUUAUAACACUCAACGUUCCACACUUAACACGUCAGCGCAACCCUUAUACGACGCUGACUCCACGUUUGACUAUGAGGUGACCAUAAAGGGUAGAGAGGUCAUUUCAGCGGAUAGCUCACCCGCGAAUGAACACUGGCUUCCUCUCUCAAAUCUAGACCUUCUACUGCCUCCUAUUGAAAUUGGAGUUUACUUUUGUUACAAGAAAAAAAAACACACCAACAUGUCCCCAGAAACCGUUGUGAACACGAUGAAAAAUUCAUUGGCUAAGGUACUAUCGACGUAUUAUACGCUUGCUGGUGAGAUUGUGCCGAAUAGCCAAGGAGAGCCCGAGGUGGUAUGUAACAACCGUGGGGUGGAAUUUGUUCAUGCCCGUGCUGACAUUGAUUUGAAAGACUUGGAUUUUUAUAACCCGGAUGAGACCGUGAAAGGGAAGUUGGUUCCCAAGUUAAAUCACGGAGUGUUGGCAGUUCAGGCAACGGAAUUAAACUGUGGAUCCAUAAUAAUAUCAUGUGCGACUAACCAUCAAGUAACCGAUGGUUACUCGUUAAACAUGUUCUUAACUGCAUGGGCUAAGUGUUCACAAUUCGAAACAAUCUCAAGCAUCCCAUCAUUUAGGCCAUCCGUCUUGAACGCACGACAUCCUCCUCGUUAUGAACCAUCCAUCGAUAAUCUCUACAUCCCCAUAUCGUCGCUCCCUCCACCGUCUACUUUUAAAGAACCUCUUUAUAGCCGGAUGUAUUAUAUCCGUGCUGAAUCAAUUGAACGACUUCAAUCUGAAGCAAGCACAAAUGAAGCCAAAAGAAGCAAAUUAUUAUCAUUCACGGCGUAUCUUUGGAAAUUGUUAGCUCAUGAAGGAAAUGAUUCGGCUAACGGUCCUUUUAGAAUGGGAAUUGUCGUUGAUGGACGACGUUUUUUAACAAACGAUAAAAACUCACCUUUGUUAAGUAACCAUUUUGGAAAUGUAGUAUCUGUCCCAUAUGGUGUAGCAAACCAUAGUGAUCUAAAAGAAAUGCCACUCCAUGAAGUUGCAAAAAAAGUUCAAAAAUUUGUUGCCGAGGCAACAAAUGAAGAGCAUUUUAGGGGGUUGAUUGAUUGGGUUGAGUUACAUCGUCCACAACCAGCGCUCGCAAAGAUAUAUUUUGGGCAAGAAAAGACUGAAGGCGAAGCCGUGGUGGUGUCAUCAGGACAAGGUUUACCAAUCAAUGAAAUGGACUUCGGAUGGGGCAAACCCGAUUUUGGUUCGUAUCAUGUCCCAUGGGGUAGCCGAACCGGAUACAUAACUACAAUGCCAAGUGCAACUAGAAAGGGAGAUUGGGUUGUUUAUAUGCAUCUUAAACAGAAGGACUUGGAUGUGAUUGAGAAUAUGGCUGCUAAUGUGUUUACACCUCUUUCCACUGCAAACUCUUUCUAGUUAAUUUGUACAUUUUAUUUCCUUGUUUACAAUGUAAUUAGGUGAUACAAGUUCAUGUGGUGGAUCAAAGGAAUUGAAGGCUGGAAAAUAUUUAGGGAUUACAACAUCAAGGUGUAUUAAAGUUUUUUCAGGUUGUUGUUUGUGUGUAUCCAACUCUAAAACCUUUAAUGUACGUGUGUACGUAUUGAACUUUUAUAUUUUCACGAUUGAUGUAUACAACUUGCAAUCUCUAAUUUGUGUAUAAAAUUCUAUUGUUUGUUUUGCAA